AUGGGAGCACACUCAGGUGAUCCCCUGGAAGCUUAUAUCCGGUUGGAGGAUGGCGAAACUUCACCUUUGAAGUCUGCAUCUGCUGAACGUCACGAUGCAGCAAUGGCUGGAAUUGAGCGGAAGAUGGAAUGGCUGAACCUCCAACUGAAUGUGCUGGCCAUCGUCUUCUCCUUGAUCGGUGGCCUGUUACUUUGGGCCUGGUACUAUGACCAGCUUCCACCAGAACAUCAACACCAGGUCUACCGCACUGCCCUGCUGGUAUCAAUUCCAGUAGUGGCGCUGUUCUUCACGUGGUUCCACAUAUGGCUAGCCAUCAAGAUGAUGUUUCUUCCAAUCAGAUUUUUCGGCAUUUGGCAGUACGCCAACACAGGCAUCGGCAUUGGCUGGCAGGGAGUGAUUCCGAGGAAAGCCGAGAAGAUGGGCAGGAUUGCGUUUAGUUGCGCAAGGCCGUAUCUUAUGGGGCCGAGUGACUGGUUUGCUCGCGUGGAUACGAGCUUGCUAUUUGCCAAGAUUCAUCCGAUGCUGGAGCGAGUUGCGCGGGCUUCCAUGGCAAGCGUGAUAAGACGCCACUUCCCGUCGAUGCUUGCCAAAGAUGGACGCUUGCCUCCGAGCGUGGAGAACGAACUGCUGUCAAUCGUAAUGGACAAAAUCGAGGAGAGCUUUCCAGACAUGUGGCACAAAGUCACAACAAAGCUUUGUGAUCCUGUAAUAGGUCUUGACAACGACGGUAUGAUCGUGGCUGUUUUCAGUGAGCACAAGGAGCUCUUGAACCAUUUUUUCCUUUCCAUGGGAGACCGAGAGUUCCGUUUCAUUGAGCGAUCUGGGGCGGUGCUUGGCUUUGUUUGUGGCCUCAUCCAGCUGCUUGCCUUCAACUACUUGGACGCAACAGGCAGGAUGAUUCUACUGCCAGGAACAGGUUUCUUCCUUGGAAUAUUCACCAACUGGCUGGCAAUACAAAUGUGCUUCAAGCCGUGCCAUCCACGGCCUGUUCGGGUGUGUGGAUGGUACUUGGGCAGCAUCCAGGGCCUUUUUUUGAAGAGACAGAGGGACGUAGCAACUCUCUAUGCCAAGCUGCUGGUGGACCAUUUCUUCGAUUUUCACAAGGUGAUAGCAUACCUGCAAACCAUCCCCGUUUGGGCAGAUCUGCAGGACAUCUAUAACCAGAACAUCCAGAACAUGAUGAAGCAGACCAUGGGUAAAGCGGGCUCAUGGAUUGCUCCUGUCGCAGUUGGCUCUCACAAGCUUCAGGCGGUGCAGGAUGACUUGGUUGGUGCAUCCGCACAACGCAUUGCAGAGAACGAUGAGUUGCAGCAGGCGGCCUCGCAAUACUUGGCAGUGGCAACCGACGUCUUCAGGUCCAAUGCUGUGGCCAUGCAGAAGAUGCCACCAGAUGAGUUUGAGCGUCUCCUGCACCCUGUCUUCCAAGAAGAUGAGCCGGGAGCUUGUAUCCUUCUGGGGCUUGUGGCGAUUUGCUGCUUCUUUCGGCUCCUGUCAUUUUUGUGA